AUGGAGAACAGCACCUUUGGCAACACAUCACACGUCCAGACUGCUUCUCACAGCCUUUGGGAGGUUAUUGCCAUCGCCACGGUGUCGGCCAUCGUUAGCUUGAUCACUGUAGUUGGUAACGUGCUGGUGUUGCUGUCGUUCAAAGUGAACAGUCAGCUGAAGACAGUGAACAACUACUACCUCCUGAGUUUGGCGUUCGCUGACCUCAUCAUCGGCGUGCUGUCCAUGAACUUGUACACCACAUAUAUCCUGAUGGGUUACUGGUCCUUGGGGAACCUGGCAUGUGACCUCUGGCUUGCAGUGGAUUAUGUGGCCAGCAACGCUUCGGUCAUGAACUUGCUCGUCAUCAGCUUCGACAGGUACUUCUCCAUCACGAGGCCGCUGACGUACAGGGCAAAGAGGACUCCAAAGAGAGCUGCUAUCAUGAUCGGACUGGCAUGGCUGGUGUCUUUUGUCCUCUGGGCGCCGCCCAUCUUGUGCUGGCAGUACUUUGUGGGAGAGAGAAAAGUGGCACAGCAGCAGUGUCAGAUCCAGUUUUUGACCGAGCCUGUGAUCACAUUUGGAACCGCCAUCGCUGCUUUCUACAUCCCCGUCUCUGUUAUGACCAUCCUGUACUGCAGGAUCUACAAGGAGACGCAGAGACGCACCAAAGAUCUGGCAGAGCUGCAAGGCCUCGCGACAGAAAAUAUUCCAGAAGGAACUAAACCACAGAAAACUCUUAUUCACUCCUGCUUUCAUUUCACCAGAGAGAGGAGAGACCGGAGUCAGGCCUCCUGGUCUUCAUCUAACCAAAGUAACGCCACCAAGACGACCACCAGGUCGGACGAGGCGUGGGCCAAAGCAGACCAGAUCACUUCCUUUAACAGCUACACCUCAUCUGAGGAGGAGGAGCAUCACGUUUCAUUGGAAACUCCACAGGGGUCUUUCAAAGAGCAAAGCAGUGGGCAAAGUAAUAAGAAUGGGCAAGUGACUGAUUAUGCAGAAGAUCAGUAUUUUUCCUCUCCUCAAAAGAAGACCAGCAAAAAGUGCAUCGCUUAUAAAUUCAAACCUGGUUCAAAGGAUAAAAAGAGCAGUCCCACACCCGCAACACCCUGCCCGCUGGAAACAGAGCAGCCCGCCAAAAACGCCUCCCCCUCCUCCUCCUCCACCACCUCCAAACCCAUGGACCCCGUCCUGAAGAGCCAGAUCACCAAGAGGAAGAGGAUGGUGCUGGUGAAGGAGAAAAAAGCCGCCCAGACUCUCAGCGCCAUCCUCCUGGCCUUCAUCCUCACAUGGACGCCGUACAACAUCAUGGUGCUCAUCUCCACCUUCUGCACCGAGUGCAUCCCCAUGUCCCUGUGGCACCUGGGCUACUGGCUGUGCUACGUCAACAGCACCAUCAACCCCAUGUGCUACGCCCUGUGCAACAAAACCUUCCAGAAGACCUUCCGCAUGCUGCUGCUCUGCCAGUGGAGGAGGAGGAGGAGAGGCGAGGACAAGCUGUACUGGUGCGGACAAAACCCAAACGUCAACAAUAAGAUGACUUGAUGUGGCGCAGCAGCGUUGUCACAGACUUUUGCCUCCAUGUGGAGUUUCUCGAUAUAUACUGUAGUUGGUGGUUGAUCUUCAGCAUGAAGUGCUGCAUGUGAUUUUUGUGUUAGAAGUACAUAUUGGUGGAAAAUGUGCUGAGCCUGACGCAGCACGUAAAACUGCUGCUACAGAUUAUUACAGAAUAAAAAAACCUAAUGAAGG